AUGAAUGAUUCUAAGCAGCAGUCACUGUUCUUCAUCACACUUCCAGAUUUACACAAACUCUGUGCUGUCAAGAUAAUAUUGAAUAACGGAGUGGCAGACACUGAGAUUAGGAGCAGACAAAUGAAGAUAUGCAGGCAGUUGCUGUUUUUGCACCAAGAUAUCCUUACAUCACCUGUACCUGGAAUAUUUACCCAAAUUUGGGUGGUGAUGGCGAUAACAUUUUAUAAAGCUGGAAAACUUCAUGCCUAUAUGGAAAAAUACAGAGCUAAGGUGGAGGCUCCACAACAAGUAAUUCCUAUAAUUCUUCAAAACUGCCUUUCAUAUUCACUCACAGCUAGACUUGCUCCAGCCUGGAAUAAAGCUGGCCAUCUCUUGGUACAAGGAAGAGAAUUUCUUUCUCAGAUGGGAAAGCAAAGUGCUGUUGAGUUAGAUAUCAAUGUAACAGCAACUCAAGUUUGUCUAAGCAUAGAAGCUCACACAAUCAGACUGCCACCACCUCAGCUAAGAGAAUUUGAUAUUUCUCAGAGUAUUAUAAAGAAUUUUGAAACUAACCAGAGUGCUGUUAUUGAGGAACAGUCCAUUUUAAGCAACUGGUGUUACGUUCUGCCAAGUAUGAAAAUGGGACGAAUGAUAAGUAUUCUUCACUCCAUACCCCCUGACUGUCCUUUCCACUCAUAUGAAGAUUUCCAGAUGCACUGGGAUGGCCUGUACGGCUAUAAGCUUCCAGAAGACCUUGGAACUAUUAAAAUAUACUGUAGCAUCUACUUCAAAAUGAUAGGAGAAAGGAUCUUCACGUACCCUCUCAGUUGCAUCAGAAGUCAACCCAUACAGUUCUUUCCAAGGGUAGAUACGGAAGGUGUGUUGAAAAGCUUUCUUUCAGAUUUAAAAUCUAAACUGCUCCAUAUAUGUGGAUUUCCCAUAAAGAUGACAACUAAACCGUGCUACUACACACAAGAACUAACCACACUGCAUUUGCAGGAAAACAAAGUCAAGCUGCCCAAUCUAACGGCUGGACAGAGGUUCAGGUCCGCUCCAGCUCCAGCCCCUUCCCCAGGACCCGCCCGGGCUCCGAGCUUCCCGCCGUGCUCAGCAGCUGCUGGCCACAAGGGGGCGCCCUCGGCCAGCCGGCCGAAGCCCGCGGGGUCCUCGGCUCUGCGCCUCCAACCGGAGUCUGUGCAGAGCAGCAAGAAACCGCUGUCCGACCAGUCCGCGCUAGUACUGGGAGUACCCACGCCCAACAGAGGAAGUGCUCCAGUUCAAGACACAGACUUUAGCCCCCAACGUAAUAUUGCCCCUAAAUUCAUACCAGUUUUCAAAAGUCGACCAUUACAGAUGAACAAAAGUAUCUUACCACCUGAGAACCUGAGAAGAAAACGUGUUGAUACAGAAUCUAAGUUGUUUUCCCUUAAAUCUAGUGAGAUCCAGGACGAUAAACCAAAUUUAGAUCCAACUGCUAAAAAACGUCAUCAUAGCAUUCAGGUGAAGGCUAAAAAUGUAAAUCUCAAGACUUGUAGAUCUCGGCAAGAAAAAAACACUGAGUCCCAUGGAAAUAUGACAAAAAAUCCCCUUUCUAGUGGAAGAUCAUUGAUCAUGAGUUCAAGUGAAAAUAAACAACUGUCUAAUAGUUCAGUAUUUCAGAUGCCAACUAGCAAUUUAGGUGUAAUAAAAAGUGCUGUUGGCUCCCAAGUGAAUGGAAAAGAGAAUUUGACAAGCAGAUAUAUAACACAGACUUUAGGGAAAAGUCAUGAGUCACUAAAAGUGAAAAGCCAGCCACAUAUUUUUGAAUCAGACACAGAUCCGGAAGAUUCCCAACCGCUAGAGUCAAUUGACCAAACUAAAGAAUCGGAUGUAACUGACCACCGAUUAACAGUCAGCAGAACAGCCCCCAGGUCUAAAAAGAAGUUAUGUCAGGACUCUCCAAAAACGUCAAAGAAGCCUCGCUCCAAUACUGUCCUUUGUGGACAAUCCCGUGCUUCUAGGAAGCAGGGACCUAUAAAGGGCCCCCUGGUGGAUUUCUGCCCCAACGUGUAUCACCAAGAGAAGCAGCACGGGGAACUCUCCUCGGUCGUCUGUAACAGCCCGUGUGGACGGGAAAUCCGAAAAGGAGGCGAUACUGGCCUCUCCUCCAGUGCAGAGAAGUGA